ACUGGAGGCGUAACAAACUGUUGACCUCGUCCUCUUAGCACUAGGAAAGCAGCAGAAAAGUUUAGAUUUGGUGAAUCAUAUUGGCACUUUGAGGUGGUAUUAGUUACAGCACAUGGGUGUAGCAGUACAAGUGAAUAGGCGGCCGACUAACACCACUUAUCUUUGACCAAUUACUUGAGAGUUUUGGUUUAGGUUCUGGUUUAGCCCGGGAAUUCCCCUAAAGUACCCAAUAGGAGCACAGGACUACUUGUGGGUGAUGCUGUGUCCUAUUUAGUGGGUCGAAUUAACACAAGGAAAAUAGAGUUUAAAAACCCAUGUCAGAAACUGAAAGUCAGUUCUCCCAGACUGAAAAAAGUUCUCCCGGACUGACGAAAGUUCUCCAGGAAGCAGUUCUCUGCCGAAGUUCUCCAGGCCAAAAUGAAAGUGAAGUUUAACAACGUAGCAAAGGCUUCUAAUACUCCAACUCUACUAUGUCACUGCUUGAUACCCAAGCAUGUGAAGCACUGUCUAGACAUGUAGAAGCCCUCACCACUCAAGGAGGAAAGCAGCUAAAUGAAGUGGAACUUAAAAAGUUGAAAAAGCUUUGCAAAACCUCAGAUGAGUAUGUGAAGCAUGCAUAUUACUUAUUGAUGACACAGUUGGAAAAACAGCAUGCUGAGAUACGCUACAGUACUGUUCUUGUUAUCAAAGAAUUGUUCAAACGAUCCCAUGUAUUUAGGGAGCUACUUCUGUCAAACUUUCAGACAUUCCUGGACCUUGCAGCAGAAACUAAUCCUGAUGAACAUCUCCCUCCCCCAAAGCAUAUUGCCAAAGAUUUAAAACUAAAGACACUAGAACUUGUACAAGAAUGGACCCAAGAGUAUAGCCAAGGUUACAAAAAACUUGCCCUUGCCUAUAAUUACUUGAGACAAUGCAAAAAGGUUGAUUUCAAUCAUAUUGACACCCGAAAUCAUGCACAACUUCAGCAAGAGGAGGAACAGAGGCAGCAUUUAGAAAAUAUCAUGCAAGAAAAAGUUAACAGAGCCCAGAAAGAAAUGCAAGACCAGGCUCCAGAGAUCUACAACAUCCUUAUACAGUUAGAAACAUGUUUUCAACUUUUACUUCCUCCACCAGACACACUUUUCACCUCAGCAGACUGGGAAAAGUCAGUCACACAGACUUUGAGAUUAGAUAAUACUGACAAUCCAGGUACCAAAUGUGGCACUAGCUUUGCUGGAUGUGAAGAUCCUGAAGAUAUAUAUUGUAAAAAUAAAGAUUUAUCAAAGUCCAGGGAUAUAAAGGAUAAUAAUCAGCUGUUACCCUCAUCAGAAAUAGCCAUUGAAAAUAGCAAAACAGUUGUUAGAACAAAUCAUUUUAAACCAGAUCAGCAACAAAUAGAAAACAGGACUUCAACUUCUAAAGAAGAAGAAGAUAUUAAUGUGCUCAAAGAAUUCUCCUCUGAAGGAAAUUCACUUCGACAUCAUGGUUUAAGAGAUAAGAUGCACAAAAUAGAUAUUGAAAUUCCAAAAGAUGGAGGAGUGACUGUGAAGGAAAAUGAAAACAAUUCUACUGUUUUAGAAAAUCUUGAUGAUCUUUACUGCCAGAUAAUAAAGUUUCUUCCUGUUACACUCAAGUGGAUACAGAUUUUCACAAAAGGUAGCAACUGUACAGAUUCAUUAAAGAAGGCCAUUGAUCUAAAACAAUUAUUACGAUCUUCAAUUGAAAAAUAUGAAGAGUUAAAGAUUGAAAAAAAGCAUGACAAAGAAAGUAAAGAUGACAGUGAUGAAGAUGAAGAUUUUGAAGAGGUUGAAGAAAAAGAAGGAUAUGAACCUGUUAUUCCUCCUCAUAUGAGGAAUGAAUAUGCAACAGGUAUAUCUCCCCAGUUACCUAAAACUUCCAAGUAUACCCAUCCAACCACUUCUAGACAGUGGAGUGUAAAAGACAAAAAUCAAGAUGAAGAUAAGGAUCCAACUUCAUGGAUAACAAAUAUAAAAGCACUUUGUACAAAAAUGUCCAAUUCUAACCAAAGUUCAGUACAAAAUACAAAAGAAGAUAGUAGUCCUUCAACAAGCAAAGAUUUAUUACUUCAUUCCAAAAACACACAGGAUCCUGUAAAAGCUAAACUAUUGGCAAAAGCACCUCACCGGCCUUAUGAUAUCGACCUUUACCACUGGGAAGAAGAAAAACUAGAAGUUCCAACAGUUGUUAAGUUUGAUUCUCUUCACAAGUUUUGGCAACCAAUUGAAAAUGAAACAACAGAGUUCCAAGCUCAGGAAGGAAUAGCUUCCUUAAGAAGAAGAGCUAUUGACUUCAGCGGAGAAUUUGUUCCUGUCAAAUGGAAGUGUAAUGCACCUCUUACAAAUGGAAAACUGUGCCCACGACAAGAUAGGUUUAAAUGCCCUUUCCAUGGCCCAAUCAUUACCCGAGAUGAAAAAGGGAAUGCUGUAAAUUCAGAAAGCAAAUAUUCUCACAGUCAAGAAAGUCAACCUUCUACUUCUUCAGGAAAACAACCUGACUGGCAAGAUCCAGAUCUUCUGAGAGAUAUAGAAGCUGCAACUGGGAUCAACCUUGAAUUGCCACACUGCCGGGGUAAAAGUCAAAAGGGAAAAGGAAAAGGGAAAAAAUCCAAAAAGAAAUAUCCUGGCUUAAUAAACAUCAAAACCUAUCAGAACACAACAAGAAAACGACUUUCGAAAAAAGUUUUCAAAAAAUCAUCACUUAAGAGAGUAGCUGAAGCAAUGGAUGCUAUGGACAAGAAGAAGUUUCUUGACAAGUUUGGCAAUCAGUUUAACUAUGCUUUUUCAAAUUUUACCUGAGAUUCUGUGGAGGUCUGGAAGCAUCCCUCCCCCCAUACACACUAAAAAUGCUAAG